UGACAUAUACAUAUGUGACUCACGAGAGUCACGAGUACCGAGUAUGCAUCUUACAAUAAGAUUGCAUAGACUUGUUUUUUUAACAAUGCUUUUGAUAUUUUAAUAAAGUGAAUGCAAUACAAAAGGCUGAGGAAUAUUCCCAAGUCGAAAGAAAACAAGAUACCCGGUGAUUAGAUAACACUAUCAAUAGCUGAAUAUAUACGUAAUUCACACACGAUUCUCAGCAGUACUCUACAAGCAAUACUACUUCAAGCCGGUAGUCCCUUCACUAGUGUAUUGAUUUUCAAGAUGAAUCGAAACGUGGAACCUCUGGAUCCGUCCAAAAUGAACAUUACAUCAAGAACGUUGCAUCAACCGCCUAUGGACGAGUUAAUGAAUGUCCUAGCAGAGGGAUUGACUGCGAACUUUGCAGAGGCCACCGUCGAGAUGGCUGAUUGUCCUAAUUUCAGUGGAUGGCCUUAUAAUUUUUAUCGGGAAGGCUUGUGUGGUAAUCCGAUUAUUUUUGAGGUUGGUGGUCCAGCGUAUCUCCUGCCAACUGUUCAGAGAGACAAGUUCUACGAUGUCAAGUCGUUGCUGCGACACAUAAAUUAUAAUUACGACUGUCUCGUCGUUGGCGCAGGAGCUGGUCCGUGGCCACAUACGGGACGCAAUUGCGAGCUCAUUAUGAAGUUAAACAUAGUGAACGACAAGGUCUCGCCAGGGUAUAGACUUGGCAUGGGGGUGGCGAAUGGAACGCAUUACGCUUUUGUCAAUAAGUCCAACGGAGAGUGCAUACUCCAACGAGUAGUCGCUAAUGAGGAUGAAACGACCUUCGCGUUGUUGGGCAAUUUGUACGCGUGCGAGGGCAAACCGGGGAAAGUUAUAAAGGUACGCGCUAAAAAACGUACCGGCAAGCAGGACUUCAUAUCGUGCAUGCAGAAAGCGUUGGAAAAACAUUACGGGGAUAAGCUCGUAGGUUUGGGUGGCAUGUUCGAGAUGAAGAACGGAAAAGUGAAGCAACAUAUUAUGCCAGAUUUUUCGGACACUCCGUUGACCAGCGAGGCCCAGCUUAACAACUGGUUACGUUUCUACGACAUGGAGACACCUCUGAUAGCUGUCGGCACAUUUGUCAGCGCCGAAACAGAUUUGGAUCUCAGGGUUCAACAUUUCCAUAGCGCUUUCGAAGAAAACAAACUGGGUGGACAUUAUCACAUCGAUACAACGCCGGAUACGAUUGAGUACGAGGGCUACUUCAAUGUGGCAGCUACGAUUUAUCGUGUCGAUCAACCGCCUAAUAAACUACGCUUUGGAAAAGAUUAAUCUUUAUAUGUACAUCAGAUUGUUACAGCAAGUUGAAUUUUACCAAAAUUACCUUCGUGGCAAUUGCCAUGAUAAACAAAAAAGUGACAUGUUGACAAUAUAUUUUAUUAGCAUUUAUACGAAUUUACUUAGAAAUUCCAUUUUAUAAUUGUUCCAGUUAAUAUAUUUUAUAUAUAUGAUUUUAUGAGAAAUAAAUAUAUUUUAUAUGCUUGA